CAGAAGCGCUUUUAUUCAAUUUUAAAACCUUUUUCUAACUAUCCGUGUCUGUUUCUGUAAGUUUGUCGACAAACGUGCCGCCAUUUCGCUAAAUAUUUUGCGUCGACAUGAAUCUCGGAGACGGCCUGUUGUUUGAACUUGAAAAUGGAAAACCCAAGUUGAUUUUACUGAGUCAUGGCAUUGAGAAGAAUCCAGCAAAGCUGUCCUGCAGGCCCAGAGCGGCUAACAUCCUGAGCUUGAGUCAGCCGUCCUGUGUGGAGGAGGUGCAAGGAGAGGAGCGUCCAGCACAGAAGCAGGUGGGGAGGCACAGAGAAACCAAGAGCAAAGCAGGAGGAGCACCCACCUCCAACACUGCCAUCAGUGGGGGGAGGAGCUCCAGUCUGACAUCAUCCAAGACACAUGAGCAUCACAAAGGGGGAAGCGUCAAAGUUGUGGCUAAAGUGAAGUCGGACAAACACAAACACAGCACUACUACUACCAGUGGGAAAACAGGACAGCCACAGAACAGUGGGACACAAGGCGGUGGAAAGGUAGGACUAAAGGACACGCUGGCCAGUGGGGACACAGGACUGAAGGAGAGCACGGUGUGUCUGACCAAUGAGCAGCUACAGCGGAUCCUCAGCACAGUGCAGACCACCAGCAAUGGCCAAGACCCACCAGAGGACCACAGGACCCAGGGAAAUCAAACGGACUCCAAAUCUGGUUCUUCAAUGAAUGAUGGAGGAGGGAAGAGGAAGGAGGAAGACAGAGGAGGAGGAAGGGAAGAAAUAAAGAAGGGCGGAGGAGGAACUGGAAACUCACAGGAUAAAGACAGCAGGUUGUCUGGAAGUCUGUUCAGCUGGCUGGAGGAGCGAGAGUCAGAGAGCAGAGCAGCCAUCGAUGCCAAGAAGGCUCAGUGGAGAAGAGACCUAGAUGAGCAAGUAGCACUGAAGCAGCAGCAGCAGCGUUCGGCCCCUGGCAGACUGCAGGCUGAGGAGGACACAGAGAGUGUGUUAUCAGUUCAGAGCUCUGUCAGCCACAGAGAACAGCCUGCAGCCAUCAGAUCCAGCCUCAGACUCGGGGAGGUCACUCCAAUGGAGGAGGUGCUGGGUGUCGAGAGGAGAGAGGAGCAGAAAAGACGCUGGCUGGAGGAGCUGGACCAACAAAGAGAGGAGACGGCUGAGCGUAGGAGACGGGAAAAACUGCUGCAGAGCCAGACAGAGGACCACGAACUCUGGGCCACACACUUUGACUCUCUGCAGAAAAGACUUCCUGUCCAAAAUGCAGCUCCAUCAGCUCCACUUCCAGCCCUGUACAAUGGCUCUGAGCGAGGAGAGUGGGACCCCUCGUCCAGCUUGUCCCUGGUCUGGGAGGCCAUGAGCAGCUGUGGAGCAGAGAGUGUUGGGGGAGCCAGCAUGGAUACAACCAGCGGAUUCCCAAGUAGACCCAGCUAUCUGAGGACCAUGACCGCCCUGCUGGACCCUUCCCAGAUAGAAGAGAGAGAGAGGAGGAGGCUCAAGCAGCUGGAGCAGCAGCGAGCCAUCGAGGCCCAGGUGGAGGAGCGGCGGCAGCAGAGGGAGCGAGAAGAGGCGAGGAGGAAAGAGGAGGAGGCGGAGGAAGAGAGAAGGGUAGCGGUGGAGAGAGAGAUGCUGGAGAGACGAUAUGAGCUGGACACACUGAAGGAGAGACAGAAGGAGCCGCAGAGCCAUCAGGCCCAGCAGCUUAACAAAGAUCACAAUGACCAAAGACAUCCGGAGACACUGGAGCCCAGUGCACUGACCAGACAGGCCGAGUGUUUGGAGAUCAGCCGUUCAGCCUCCUCAUACAAAGACACUGCUGUACAGACAGAAGCAGCUCCUUCUCUCCCAGCCGACAGAGUUCAGACUCCUCACGUCUCUGCACAGUACCAGCCUCCUCCCUCCCUGCCUGCUGCUCCUCCUCACAGCAGGAGCAGAGCGGUGAGAACAGGCAAGGAGAACAUCUGUGGACCAGGGGGACGAGGAGGUGGAGGAGAAGGAGAAGGAGACCCAUAUGAGGCGUUUGCCAGGACAGAGAGGAGCAGGAGAGACAGGAGGAGGCCAGAGUGGAACACACAGAGGCCCAGUCGUCAGUUCGUUCCAGCCUCGGAGCGUUACCCGGCCUCCCUGCAGAGGAACAGACAGGAGAGUCGAAUGAAGAGGCAGGCUGAGCUCCUUGCUCUGCAGGAGAGGACGUGUCUGUCCAGGACCAACCCUCCUCCUCCUCCUCAGCAACAGGGACCUCGUCUCUGCUCCAACCCCACACAGACCAGAACCAGCCCGACCAGGAAGGUGGAGAGUGUUUCCAGAGGACACACCUCUGCAGCCAGCGGGACUGAAAGGGGGCGCUCUCCUCCCAUCCCUGCUGUCAGACACAGAGUUCAGAGUGAGCAGGCCCCACCCUCCUCCACCCCUCCUCCACCGGUCCUGGAGUUCAUUCCUUACGUCCGGACUACUGAAGUCCUCAACCUGGAUCCAAUGGACCCUUCUGACACCUCCCCACCACACUCACACACAGCUCCUCCACAGAGCUCAGCACCUCCUCCUGCUCCCUCACACCGGGACCCCCUCCUCCAUCCUGAACUGCUUCGUAGCACCCACACACACCGACAGCAGGAGAUCCUGCGAGGCCUGGCCCAGCUACGGCAGGGUUUAUUACAGAAGCAGAGGGAGUUGGAGACAGAUCUGAAUCCCCUGCUGAAGCGCCAUGAGAACGAGCGCCGGUGAUCUCUGACCUCCAUGUGUUGGUGAGUCUGGAUGAAGAAGUGCUAGCACUACAGUGUUUCCACCUGCUGGGAUGGAGAACGUUCAACAGAAAACUGUCACUGUUCUCUGAGGAUCAGUGUUCAGUGUGUCACAGCGUGGAGCAGCACAGUUUUGGGAGUUUUUAAAGUAAAACUGAUUAAUUUGACAGAUAAUCUUGAUUUUGGGAAACACAUCACGCUCGUCCUGGUUGUACUUACCAUCAUGAGGCGGAGGUGAUUGUUUCUUUCCUGCUCAGUAAGUCCAACAAUGUAAGACUGUUUCCUAAAUGUUAGUAUUUUCACUGCUGGAAACAUGUGGCUCUUUGUACAUUUCCUGCUGCGUUCAGACUGAACACAAAGUGUGUUAUUUGCCCCAUUGAUGUCACUUUUUAUCUGAAAUUUAAAUUUCUAUCUAUUCAAUCUGUAAGGACCUGUUCUGUUUCAUACUUCAGACUCCAGCAGCCGCGUUCAUGAAGUUCACUGACGCUCAGAUAAAUACACCAAUUGUAAAUGGGGCUACUGUUACUACAACUCUUCAUUGAGGGGGAAGUACAUCAAUUGUACACAUCAGGGUCUGUUUACAGGCUUUACAAACGACUGCAUACAAGCCGUAUAAAGCCUUUCCUGGCUGCAGAGGGAGCUGCGCAAAUGCUGACUCGGGUGACAUCACUCGAAUCAGCGUCAGUUGGGGCUGAAACUAGAAGUUUGAAAAUGAAAAAUAUCUGGAGGUGAGGAGCUAAAAAGAAGAGCUGUAGCCCACUCGUCAUCUCUGCUUUAGGCUCGAGGCUACAUUAGCUGCUGCUGGCACAACAAACACCAAACCAUCUGAUGGAAGAAAUCAUGGAUGACGGUAAAACUUACCGUGACGUUUGCUUGUCACUCAGGCUGCGAAGUCACCGCAAACCAACAGAUUAACGUUAACCUACAGCACAUCAUUUGAAUGAGUUUCAUGAUUUGAAUUUGUUUGAAGUGGCUCAGAGUGUGGCACAGCAGCUUCCAGUGGAUAAUGGAGGUUGUAUUUACUAUAGCCUUCAACUGUGAUAAGCAGCCAAACAGCAUAUAUUCAUUGUCGUACUAAUGGUAACAAACAUUUUCUUUGCCUUCAGUCUGAACACACCUGAGAAUUUCUUGGUUUUGAACACUGACUUUGUAGAUCCAACAUAAGCACUCGACUGAGUUUCUCACUUCGUUUCACUACAAACACCUUUAAAUCUGCACCAUCAGUCCUACCUCACAUCAACAUCUUUCAUACCACAAAUACGAAACUAAAAUACCGCUCAUGUAUAUCUGCUCACCAGCUGAAUUUAUAUGGAUGAGCAUCAUUUUAUGUGAAGAUUGUGUUUUAAAAUUCAGUUUUUUAAGCACUUUCCAUAAGAAUGACACUGUACCAAACAGGUAUUGAGGUUUUUUUCUUCUUCGGGAGCUUGGAGGUACUGCCCUCCUUUUCUUUGGAUCAUCCUGCCCUCAGAGGAGCACAGUGGACUUAUUUAAAUCACGAAUGAAAAAUGUUUGUCUUUGUGUCUUCAGCUUCCUGCUGGCCGAGGAGCUCGAAGUUUCCAUUUAUGCUUCUGUGUUUCUGUAAUUUUUCUGGUUUUAUUGUAUUAGUGUAUUUUUUAUUUAUUGCUA